GUGGAAGCCCCGUCAGCGCUCCCGCUCACGCUCCCCUCAGCGCAGCCGUUCCACCCAUGACGGCCGGCCGUCCAGGGAUGUGUCACUUCUCCAGAGUAUCAACUUCGACGGUACUCAAAAUGCAGGCUGAUGGUUUGACAUAUCCACUUCACCGUGUGUGGGACGUCCCGAAAGGACUCGACGUACGCCGCACUGUACGGAUGAGCAUUCACUCUCUUGCACAUGGGUGUGUCUCAGCGGAUUUUGCGGCGGCUCGUCAAGCAUGAGGGCGGAGAAACGGUGGCCAAGUGCCGCAAAGUCGAGUCGCUCGGGCUGUUCCUGAUCCAGCUGUGCGGCAACAAGGCGGUGGCAAUGCAGAAGCUGAUCAACACACAAGGACAGGUCGUCGAGUACGCCACUACAGCGUACUCGGUAAGUACCACUGACUGCCUGCCUGUGAUUGUGGCGAACUGCUGACCUAGGCUAUGCCUCUUGCUUGUUGUAUUGCCUGCAGGUAAACAUCACGCAUGCCACCCCAGAGAGCAAGGAUGAAAAACCACACUGGAGGAGCACGUGAUGGGCCCGAUGUGGCGGCAGUCCAGCCGGCUGCACCAGGUCGACGUGUCGAUCGUGCCGCACAACAAAUGCUGGCACGCCUUGUAGCCGCCCUGUAGCCCGGCAGCGCAGCAGAGACAGGCAUGGUAGCUAUGGGUGGCUGCCUGACUAUCGCUCGCUCGGUAGCCUACUUGCUGGAAGCUGGGAGCUCUCUCUGUCUGUCUGUCUGUCUGUCCUUUCCUCUCUGCGUUCCUUCUCUCUCCUCUCUGUGUGCAUCCCUACGUCCCUCCCGCCCUCCAACCACCAGCCGGCAUAAGUAUUUUUGGAACCCGCUAUAAUGCGGCCUCCCUGGUGGUGCGGAGGAGUGAGUGGAGUGGAUGUGAGGCGGUGUGUCUAUCGCUACCUACAUUUUAUAUCCGUGGAAGGUUUUUGAGCGUUCUUGAGGUCUCUUGGUGGGUGAAUGCUCUUCUUUUGUGAGUGCAUGACCGAGCCACAGACACAGAGAGCUGGACAGAGACAUGCAGUCGGGUGCAUUACAUUAACCGAGCGCAUUGAAUG